CUGUGUGGGUCCAGUUAGUUACAGUUGAUACUUUGGGAAAAAUAAGUUGAUUCCGCCUGCACUGUGGGAACAGGCUACCUUCAGGUUUGCCUCGAGAGCUGUUACUCUGGAUCAAUCGAAUGUGGCACAACCAAAUGGAUGACAAGCAAACACAAGAAGAAAUCUUCAGUACCUGACGGCACACCACCAAAACUCAGAAUCUUAGUGAACAAAACAAGGUCACUGGCCUUUGGAGAAUGAGGCUCCCGAGAAGGUUGAGUAGCUCUCCUUACUGUCUGUGCCGGAAAACUCCCAACCUAGUGCAUCAGUACAGUCAUCUUCAAAGCUUCGCAAGCUCCCUUGCUGGUUUGAGCAAGCGUACACAAUACUGAGAGGAGCCCCAGCGGUAAGUAGAGGGAGGUGAACUUGUGGGGGAGGAAAGGUUAGGCCUGCUUUACCAUUGCAGUCUUUGGAUCAGUUGCCACUUGAGUGGGAGUCAUCAGAGAGGAAGACAAUGGAUGGUGCAACCAAAGGGCCACUUGUUCGACUAAUGGGCCUUGAUGAAUCUGAAUGGAUUCCAUCUGAAUGGAUUGAGUCUUGGAAGAGCACAAAAGUCUUCAAAAAUGGGGAUGGGCCCUUUAAAGAAAAAAUGGUCCAAAACAUCGAAAACAAACAGUACAACAUAGAAAUAUCAAAGUCCAUGUUGGGGGAAUCUUGGAAAUAUUUAAAUUGCCAGUUCCAUUCUGUGUCAAAUUCCAUUCUGAGUUGUCUAUGGGCUGAUGCAUGGAAGAUCUCAAAACCAAUGGAGUACCAUGAUGAGGCUUCUGAAACCAAAGAUGAUGUAAUUGAUUACAAUCCACUAGACCCUUAUGUCCAUGGUGUGAUCAUACCUGUAUGCAAGGCUGAGAAGUACAAAUUCUGGAGUAACCAGUUUCAUGAGGGUAACACUGCCCUGGCUGAAUGGAAAAAAUCUUGUGAGGUUGUUAAAAACUCAUCCAUUCUUAAAAAUGUGACACCCACAAAGAAAGUGGAGUCAAAGGAAAACGAAAAAGAAAGUGAGGAAAUAAAUGUAGAAGAAAGUGAACCUGAUGGAUUACCUAAAAGGCUCAAGCCCAAAGAUAAAUUAAAAAAUCGGCAAAAACUUCUGAAUCCUCUAUCACAAUGUGAUUUUCCUUUUGAGUGGAAUGAUGCUUGGAAAUUUCCCAAAUCUCAACCUAAGGAAGACCACUGGGAAACGUCAAAUAGUGAAUGGAUGGAGUCAUGGAGGGUGGCAACACUUCAGAGACACCACAACAGAUUGGCUUUGAAAAGUAACUCCCACUUGUUUGCCCCUCUUCUUAACGCAGACGAAGUUCCACCCUGGUGCAGAACCUGGAAGUUCAUCAAUCUCCUUCCUCGGCAGUACAAGCCAUUCUGGGACAAAGAUCAUGAAAACUUUGAAGUGGAAAUAUGGCCGCCUCCAGUGACUGAAUAUGUUCCCCCCUCAAAUUCAGCAAAGGAAGAAGAGCUAGAUCAGAGUGUGUCAUGGAGGAUUUGUGGCCCACAGCCUUUGGAGUGGGAUGACACUCCUAAAGUAUUCGUAAAUCGUAAAGAUGAAGUACUGUGGUCAAGGAGAAGUUGCAACAAUGGCCUCUAUUCUUGUCUUAACUUGGAGAUACUCUCACAGACAUUGUGGGGCAGAUCUUGGAGAUUCAGAAAUCUAGAGAGUAGUCUUAUGCCCCAGAUGAGUACCACAUCCUCUCUUACAAUGCCAAAAACUGAUACAACAAAGAGCCACCUUUUUUCUGAAAUGGAAAAAACCAAACCAUUUGCCCCAACAUGGUCCAAAUCAGCUAAAUUAGCCACAUCCCAACCCCAGGCAAAAAGCGGUCCCACCAGUGGAGUCAAAGGCAUAGUAGAGGCUGAGAAUAUGUCUUUUAAAUUGGUUGAUUCGUGGAUGCUUUCAAAUGAUUUAAGUAGCCAAAUGGGAAAGGUAUCUUGGGCUGAGUGGGUGAACUCCUGGAGGUUCCUGCUUCCUUCUUAUUCUCCACAAAAGAAAGAUCUUUCAUCCCAGGAAGUUGAGAUGGCUGAGCGGCCAGAAGUGACUGUCUAUGACAAUAAGGAACUGCGUAACCAAUGGGAAAUCCGUGCCAACGAGUUCAGUAAGAGGGAUCAGGAAGAACGCAGUCGAAUGGAGAGGAGUGCCCUGAAUGGGCUGUUCCAGGAAUGGAAUUAUCGACUGGCAGUCAGAACUGGGCUCCCUGCUUCAGGGGAGAAGAAGGCCAAAGUCAUGUCGGACUUCAGAAAGUAUGUAGUCACAGCCCCUACUGUAGAGCAAGAUGAGAAGGCCCUGCAAGCAAAGUUCACGGUGGUGAUACCCCCGAGAAAACCGGCACCACCACCUCCACCACCACCUGCACCUAAGAAGCGUGAGCCCAGACCCCCACCUCCAGCCAGGAAGGAAAGGCCCAAACCAGACGAGAGGAAACCCGCCAGAGCACCACAACCCGCCAGAAAGCCAAGUGCACCAACACCAGAAAAAGCACCAAGUCAGCCAGCAAAGCCCAUGGCUGCCCCAGCAGCCAUUCCAGCUGCGUACAAGGAUAAUCUAUCUCAGGCUGGCUGGAAUGAGUCCUGGAAGAUGCUGAAACCCUUGAUAAAUAUGAAGAGAGCGUUAGGCACAGGAAGAGAUGCCUCUGAUUUAAAUGUGCACAAAUACCGCCCUGUUCAACACUCACUGGAUGAGAUGCUCCCACCUUCGUCAGAGUGGAACAAGUCCUAUACAUCCUUGAAAAAUGAUAUGCAUAAAAAUGAUCGAAAGGAACAGAAACCAUGGAGGUCUUUCCAGGAGCCUGAAAACCUCAGUGGCUCAGAAUGGGAACAGUCGUGGAAGAUGCAGAAUUUCGAGUUUCAGCAGCAAGUGGAAGCCUGGGGCCUGGAGUGGUCUGGUUUUUGUCGGCAACCACGUGACAGGAUUUCAGAUAAUACACAACAAAGGGGAGAUGCUCCCCAGGGAUGGGAGGAAUCAUGGAAGUCCUUCAAACCUCAACCAAAACAAGAAGGUGAGCACCUGGAAUCAGAGGACUACUGGUCUAAGGAAUUCUUGGACUUUUACAAACAUGGGGUGUUUUGUCCGGGUUGGAAUGACUCAUGGAAAGUGCCGGAAGUGCAAACUCACAUGAACGCUUUGGAGGAAGUGUAUCUGAAAGACUGGGCUGAGUCGUGGAGGUGCUCCAGACACCACAGCUGGUGCAAGGAAUCCUCGCACCUCCGCCAUCGCCUCCAUGCCCUGCUGAUGUCAAAGCGUAUGAUGUGCAACAAACGGAAGACCUCUCACCUUCAAGAAGAGACUGCAGCUGAGUGGGCGGAGUCCUGGAUGUGCCUGAAAGGUCAAACUCAGGAAAAGGAGGAGGAUGAGUCCACCUCAGCAGAAGUUGAUGUUUCACAUGUGCCUUUGCAUCUGCAGUUUCAUAUGUUGAACACAAAGAUCCCUGGUUGGGAUAAGUCCUGGUCUGUCGCCAAGACCCCCAGUCCUGGGGAUGAGAAGCAAGGCAAGCCCCAGUGGAGAAACUCCUGGAAGAUCUCCAACUCAAAUCCUGUCGGUAGCUCUAAGACCCAGCAGCAAGACAUCGUGUGUUGGUCAAACGAGCACAGGUCCUUCAGGUACACGGAAUCAGAAACAGACUAUAUCACCCCAAGUGAAUGGAGUGCAUCCUGGCAGACCAUGAAGCCUCCAGCUGAAUCAGAAACCAAGCCCCAGCAAGAGUUAGCAGAGGUGCAAAAUGGCCAUCCCAUUCAUGCGCUACUAUUCAUGCAUCUACUCAAAAUUCCUCUUCUGGAUUGGAACGAUUCCUGGAAAUUCUCAAACAAGCAGGCCAGCUCCAACACACUGUCACUGUCAAGGUGGAGUGAAUCCUGGAGGUUCUCCAACCCUAACCACCCCGAGGAAGAAAACUACAGACAGAAGGGCAACGGUCGGAGGCAUCAAAAUGGUCCUUUCAAAGUAGAUCCACAGUUCACAGAGUGGGGUGAAUCGUGGAAGUACCUGAAGUCUGACUCUCUGAAGCCCGACAUGCCUCGGGAGGACAGUGGGGAGUGGGGCGAGUCCUGGAGGGUGUUGAAUCCCCAGCUCUACCUGAAGAAAGAGGCCUGGAGCGAGCAGGAAUCUGCGGGAGAGUUUGACGACCUCCGUCUGCAGCUGUCAUUCCUGUUGAAGGAAGAUAAAAAAGUAUUUAGCCCUGAGUUCAGCAUGCCAGAGUGGAAUGAGUCGUGGAAGUUUUUAAAACUGGAGGGAGAGCACGACAGGAAGUAGAACAUUGAGAUGAAUUGCUUUGGCACUGGGUGGUGCUCAACUGUUGUGUGGGUAGAUUUAACGGUUUGUUUUCGUUUGUUGUUGUUGAAACAGUUGACUGAUGUCUCUGAGCUCCACAAAUGUGACAUAUGAACACUAUUCAUUGUUUGAUUUCUUAUUUGAAAACACAAAUGAAUCAUUGCACAGCAAAGCUAGAAACUAAGUAAUAUUGAAUUUAAACCCUAAGGCCAAACACCAUAAGACAUUUUAAAUGGAUGAGACUGGGGAGAAUAUAAAGCAGCAAGCAGAUGAAGUCUGGUCUGGUUUCCUGUCUGCCAUACACAAAUAAACAUACGGAUAUACCGCAAGUUCAGUGGUAUUCAUAUUGAACAAAAGACACAUUUGACCAAGGUUACUCCUCACCUUAAUUGAGAGUAUGAAGCAUACACCCCUAUGAAGGUUUUCAGAUAUCACUCAAGAUGCCAGUCAUAAUGCAGGUAACGUAUACAAACUUAGCUUGCUAUAAUGGAAUAUUUUCUUGGGUCCUAAGUGCUGUAGAUGGCCAACGAAUACAUCUUUUCUAAACACUUGUCAAGAAAUAAUUGACUGAUGAAGGUGUUUCCAUGCAUGUUAGGUGUUUCAGAGUUUGCAUCUUUCUUAGCUUCUAAGUUUGAUAGCUUAUUGCAUACAUAGCUGAUAAGUGUAAGAUAUAUGCCAUGAAGUGUGUCCUCUUCUUCAGUACUAUCACAACAACUUGUGUGUUCUCAAACAGAGGAUAUGUUAUUAACAAAAAAGAUAUAAUUACAAGGCAUUCUUUCUUUUUCAGCCAUAUUGAAAUAAAAAAUAAAAAUGCCUGUAAUGCA